UCCGGGUGCAGGCGGGUCCGCGCACGAGCCGUCCCGGGCCAGUUCCCGAAUUUUAGUCGGGACUUGGCGGCGAGGCCUAUUUUCGGUCUCCAGUAACCUGGCAGAAGCCCGGCCGGAGCUGGGUAGGCACGGCUGCCUCUGAGGCGGGAAAAUGUGCUGCGAGAAGUGGAGCCGCGUGGCCGAAAUGCUUCUCUUCAUUGAAGACCGGGGCGAAGAGUGUAAGAUCCUGUGCCUCUGCUCCAGGGCGUUUGUGGAGGAUCGAAAAUUGUGCAAUUUGGGAUUAAAAGGCUACUAUGUCAAAUGCAGUGGCAACAAUACAGGAGACAGUGCUGCAGAAGAGGAGGAAGGGGGUCAAUCCCAGGGUGCUGCAGAGUCAUGCGACAGCAAAGGCCUGGAUGAGAGUGAACUGGAUUCUGAGGCUGAACUCAUGAGAAGUAUGGGGUUGCCACUUCAGUUUGGAGGGAUUGCUGCACAUAAGAAUUUUGAGGUGUCUAUGAAUACUAGAAAUAAAGUUAAAAGAAAGAAGAAAAAGAAAAAGCUUCAAACAAAGUAUUUAAAUGAAAUUAUGCAAGAAUCUUGGAGAAAAUAUGAAGAAGAUGACAUUCUGGAUUCAGAUGAUCCAUCUUCAGUUGAACAAUAUGAGAACACCAGAGCGUGUAAACUUCAAAGUAAAAAAGACAUUGAAACAGAAAAUCUUCCUGUUGAAAAUACAUUGUUACCAAAGCUAGAAAUAACAGAGAAAUGGGAAAAGUAUUGGAAUGAGUAUGGAGGAGGACUAUUGUGGCAAAGCUGGCAAGAGAAACAUCCAGAUCAAACACUGUCUGCUGAACCUUGGAACUUUCCUGAUACAAAAGAAGAAUGGGAGCAACAUUAUAGUCAACUUUAUUGGUAUUAUUUGGAACAGUUUCAGUAUUGGGAGGCACAGGGUUGGACUUUCGAUGGCUCACAAGGCUGUGAUACAGAUAUUUGUGCAUCUAAAACAGAAGUUGAAAGCAAGAAAGAUGAAAACUGCACGAAAGUUGACUUAGUGUCUUUUCCAUCUUCACCUGUUAUGGUAGAAAAUGACAGCUCUGAUGCAAGUGAUAAGGAUCAUAAUGAAAUACUUGAUGGAAUUAGUAGCAUAACUCUGAAUGCAGAGGAAAUAGAACAGGGCCAUUUAGAUUCCUCUGUAAGUUGUGCUGGUUCCCAGCAGCACAGUGACGUGGUUAGCAGCAGGAUAGAGUGCCCCGCAUCUGGCCAGAGUGAACCGAGUAACAGCAGAACUAAGGAUAACCACUUACCUGGGAAUAGCAGCACAGACCAUCCAGCUCAGGAGUCACAGGAGUCUUCAGGAGCAAACACAAGCAGAGACAGACCACACACCACCUGUGUUGAUGGAGAGGAGAGUGACGAUGAUCCCCCUGAGCACAAGCCAGCCAAACUCAAGAGGAGCCAUGAACUGGACAUUGAUGAAAUCCCAGAUCCAGACUUUGAUGACAGUGGUUCCCUUCUAGGAUUCAAGCAUGGCUCAGGACAGAAAUAUGGUGGAAUUCCAAAUUUCAGUCAUCGGCAGGUCAGGUAUCUGGAGAAGAACGUGAAGCGUAAGUCCAAGUACCUGGACAUGCGCAAGCAAAUAAAGAUGAAAAACAAACACAUCUUCUUUACUGAAGAGUCAGAAAAACCAUUUUUCAAGAAAAGCAAAGCUCUGAGUAAGGUAGAAAAAUUUCUAAUGUGGGUUAAUGAACCAGUGGAUGAAGAGGCAUCGCAGGAAUCAUUUUCUCACGACAAUGUGGAAGAUACUUGCACAAGCGGUAAUUCAGAGGAACAAGACGUGUCUGUUAAAAAGGGUGGUGACCCACUGGAGACUAGUAAUCCAGAACCAGAGAGGUGUCAGGCUACCUCUUCAGCUGGUGAACUUGAAACAGAAAUAAAUGAAGGCGCUAGCUUGGGGGCCGCUGUCCCAGAGGAGAAGGAUUGUGUCACUCGAGACCCAGCAGCCUCUCUUCAGACAGCUGAAGCUGGAAGAAAAAAGAAGAAGGAAAAGAAGAACAGAAGGGUAAAUGGUCUGCCUCCUGAGAUAGCUUCCGUUCCUGAACUAGUAAAAUACUGGGCCCAGAGAUACAGGCUCUUUUCCCGUUUUGAUGAUGGGAUUAAAUUGGACAGAGAGGGUUGGUUUUCAGUGACACCUGAGAAGAUCGCUGAACACAUUGCUGGCCGCAUCAGUCAGUCCUUCAAAUGUGACGUUAUUGUAGAUGCUUUCUGUGGAGUUGGAGGAAAUACCAUUCAAUUUGCCUUAACAGGAAAAAGAGUGAUUGCCAUUGAUAUCGACCCUGUUAAGAUUGAUCUUGCUCGUAAUAAUGCAGAAGUGUAUGGUGUGGCAGAUAAGAUCGAGUUCAUCUGUGGAGAUUUCCUGCUCCUGGCUUCUUGUUUAAAGGCUGAUGUUGUUUUCCUCAGCCCACCCUGGGGAGGGCCAGACUACGCCACCGCAAAGACCUUUGACAUUAGGACGAUGAUGUCUCCUGAUGGCUUUGAAAUUUUCAGACUUUCCCAGAAGAUCACUAAUAAUAUUAUUUAUUUUCUUCCAAGAAAUGCAGAUGUUGACCAGGUGGCAUCUUUAGCUGGGCCUGGAGGACAAGUGGAAAUAGAACAGAACUUUCUUAACAACAAAUUGAAAACAAUCACUGCAUAUUUUGGUGACCUGAUUCGAAGACCAGCCUCUGAAACCUGACUGGGCAGUACAAGGACAAACGGGGCGUGCGGUGGUCAGAACAUUGUUCAGAUAAGGCACUGGGAAUGUCCUCCUGACUCGCCCAUACUUGUGCCCAUCUUCUCGUAUCACCAUCUCAACUGGAACCCACAGGAGUGGAAUGAACAAUAAUGAAGGGCUUUGAGGUCUUUGGGUAGUUACUAACUAUGCCCUGUAUGUUGUACAGUAGGACAGGCACUGUCUGAUAUGGAAAGGGUAGGCUUGAUCCCAGUGUGUGCGUGUUUAUGUAUAUCUGCAUUUUUAAUUUUGUAUAUUUUGGUUUACUAUCUUCGUGUGUAUAUGUAUAUAUAAAAACAAUUACAGUAUUUUUUUAAUAAUGUCAUACAUUUAAGGCUAGAAACAGUACAGAAUGAAAAGUAAAAGUCUCCUACCCACUGCCCUACCCUUUAUUCAUUUAUCUAAAGGUAAUCACAGGUAACAGUGUUUUAUAAUUUUCUGGAGAGAAGAACUGCAGUCUACCCUCAUGCACUUUUUUAUUCUCACUCAUGCACUACUAGAUACAUUUCUUUUUGUUAACUUUGAGUCAUUUUACAAAAGUGCUGUCUAUACUUUUUUUACUGCUAUGUAUUAAAGCCCUCUCGGUGUCAGUGCAUACGUGUAGGUCUACCUCGCUUUUUUAAACAGCCGUCUUGCAUUUCAUUUUCUAGAUAUGCCAUAAUGACCCAGUUCCCUGUUGAUGGACACUUAGACUGUUUAUAAUUUUUUACUGUCCAUAAGUAGAUGUUGUUGAACAAGUCUACCCAUAGUGUAAGUUUCUAGCUGUCAGAUUGCUAGAGUUUGAACUUCUAUUUGUUUUGAGAUAGUAUCUCAUUUUGUCACC